AUGAGCGACUUUGGUAGGCGUAUCACUGAGGGUCAUGACAACUAUUUAGUGAAUCAGCAGAUUGCUCUACCCAUCUCUUAUGGUCAUGCGGAUAGCCAUGACUUCAGCAGCAACGGAACGGCGCCACAUCAUUUCUCUCAACAAACGUUCGGUUCAUACGCAUCUCAAAUUGGACCUGCCUACACUCAGGCCGGCUUACCUCCCGGCAUCAAUCAAUCAUCUACGCACUCCAUUCCGGUCGCCCCAGAAAAUGAAGUUCUGCAGCAUCAACCCGCGCAAUGCGCAGCGCAAGCGCGGUAUUUGCAGUCGCCGAGGUAUCUACCUCUUCGUGAAACGAUCAGUGAGAUAGAAAUAGAGAGCCAGGAGUCUCUCAAUGAGAACACGAUGCUAUCAGAGCCAAUUAUCCCUCCAUUGGACGGUUUUCCUAGCGUGAGGGAAUUUGAUCAAUUGAUCAGAUGCUACGUGGAUGAUCUGUCAAUCAAGAAACAAGACAAGGCAUUGAUACAUGCCAGAAGAGCACGGAACAUCAGGACUGUCCUGAUUGACCCAAAAGAUACCGCCAUUGAAUCAGCCCAAUUCAGGUACCGUUUCCCCGGUCCCGAUUUCCUGGUCCCAAUUUCCCUGCUCUUAGUUGUGUCGGUCUGGACCCUUUCUUGA